AUGGCUGAAGCCAUUCUCUUUGACAUUGCUGCACGAAUCAUUGAGAGCUUGGGAUCCCAGGCUCUCAAAGAGAUCAGACUGCUUUGGGGUGCCAGAGAUGAACUUGACAAGCUCAAGGAUACCGUUUCGACAAUAAAAAAUGUGCUUCUUGAUGCUGAGGAGCAACGGGCAGUGAACAACAAUCAAGUUAUUGAAUGGCUUGAAAGGCUUAAGUAUGUCGUUUAUGAUGCAGACGACUUGCUGGAUGGUUUCUCCACUGAAUGUCUGUUGCGAGAUAUGAUGACUCGGGAUAAGAUGGCAAAAAAGGUACGAAUCUUCUUCUCCAAAUCAAACCGGCUUGUCUAUGAUCUGAAAAUGGGCCAUAAGAUUAAGACGAUUAGACAGAAGUUAGAUGCCAUUGAUAAUGACAGGACGAAAUUCCACUUCAAGGAACGCCCUGUAGAGAUAGGAGUCAGGGCAAGGAACAGGGAUGAUACUCAUUCCUUUGUACCCGAGGCAGAAGUUAUUGGUAGAGAAGAUGACAAGAAGGAGAUCAUAGAUAUUCUUCUUUCUGAUUCCAAUGUUAAAGAGAAUGUAGGAAUCCUUCCGAUUGCUGGCAUCGGAGGAUUAGGAAAGACCACACUAGCUCAAUUCAUUUUUAAUGAUCUAAAAGUAGAUAAACAUUUUCAGCUAAAAAUGUGGGUGUGCGUCUCUAAUACUUUUGAUGUUAGAAAAGUUGUUGAAAAAAUCCUAGAAUUGGCAAUAAAACAGAAACCAGACAUUACUGUUCAAAUGGAUACAUUGGUGCAUGGUCUUCGAAAAGAAAUUGUUGGAAAGAAAUACUUACUUGUGUUGGAUGAUGUUUGGAACGAGGAAAGUGAGAAAUGGGAUGAUUUGAAAAUUUUGUUGAUGGGUGGUGCAAGUGGGAGUAGAAUAUUAAUAACUACUCGAAGUCCAAAAGUUGCACAAAUUACCCAAACAAUUGGACCAUAUUUCUUACAGGGUUUAGACAGCCAGAAGUCAUGGUGUUUAUUUAAGAAAGUGGCAUUUGAGAACGGAGAAGAGCCAGUGAAUUCUGGAAAAGUGGAAGUUGGAAUGGAGAUUGUAGAAAAGUGUUCAGGUGUCCCUCUUGUCAUCAAAACAAUUGGAAGGUUACUGUCCUUGGAAAAUUCUGAAGCAGAGUGGGUUUCUUUUAACAACAAUAAAAUGCAAAAAAUAAAAGAAGAUAAAAUCAUACCAACUCUUAAGCUGAGUUAUGAUCAACUUCCAUCACAUUUGAAACAAUGCUUUGCUUAUUGUAGUAUAUUUCCGAAGGAUUACGUGAUGAAGAAAUCAAAAUUGAUAAAUCUAUGGAUAGCACAGGGGUUUAUCAAGUUAUCCAAUCAAAAUGAAUGUCUUGAAGAUGUUGGUCAUGAGUAUUUCAUGGAUUUACUUUGGAGAUCUUUCUUUCAAGAAGCUGAAAUGGAUGAUUUGGGAAACGUGAUUACGAGUAAAAUGCAUGACUUCAUGCAUGAUCUUGCAAUGUCAGUGGCAGGAUCAUUGAUCACCAAAUUAGAAUCUAAGGAAAAAAUUAUUGGUGAUCAGAAAACUCGGCACGUAUCAGUUAUCAACAAUAUAGAAUUUUCCUUUGUAAUUCCAACUUCCUCGUCUAAAGCCAGUAGGAUUCGAACACUUCUUUCGCUUGGUGAAUUGAAGGAUUUGCAAGAGUCAAGCACUUCAUGUGAAGCAAUCUUUUCAAGUUUGAAGUAUUUGCGAGUGUUGGAUUUACAUGGAAGACAGCUUGAUUUAGUACCGAGUUCUAUAUGUAAGUUGAAGCAUUUAAGAGAUCUUGAUCUUUCUAGGAAUCAAAAAAUCAAGAAGCUGCCCGAUUCCAUAAGUAGGUUGCAAAAUUUGUAUACACUAAGACUCUCUGGUUGCGGAGGGAUUAAAGAAUUGCCUAGAGGAAUUACAAAAUUAGUCAACCUCAGGCAUCUUUACAAUGAUGGAUGUUGGGGUUUGACUUAUAUGCCACGUGGAUUGGGGCAAUUGACAAAUCUCCAGACAUUAUCUAAGUUUGUUGUCGACUCUGAUUCAGCCCCAAAGGACAGUGGCCGGUUAGGCGAGCUAAAUAGACUAAAUAGCUUAAGAGGAGAAUUAGAGAUUUGGGGUUUGAGAAGUCGGGAGGAAGACGUGGCAUUAGACUAUAAGGGUGCAAAUCUAAAGGAGAAAGAACAUCUUCAGGUUUUGACUUUACGUUGGAGAAGAGGAAAUGUUAAUACAGAUGAUGAAAUGGCCUUGGAAGGCUUUGAACCUCACCCAAAUCUUAAAAAGCUAAAGAUAUAUGAAUAUGGGGGUGUGAGGGUUCCGAUGUGGCUUUUGUCACUCACAAAUCUGGUUCACUUGAGUUUACAUGGUUGUAGUAAAUUGAAAUAUUUGCCACCAUUGGUGGAGGAGGAGUGA